AUAGAAAAUCCCGAGUGUUGGUGUUGUGCUAUUGUAUUGUUGUCCUCUUCGUAAUCGAGGUGCUCGUAAAAACGAUGCUUCAAUCUUAACGCACGCACACACACACAGUUACAUUACUAGUACUCUCUGAUGCAUUUUGCUUAAUCAUUAAGCUUCCGAUCGAGCUCAAUACCUAACAAACCCGAUCAAUUCUCAAUCCAAUCAUCUCCUUCUGUAUAUACACACAGAUUCUGUAUCUAUACAUCUAUCUAUUCGACACAGCGAGUCGGUUCGGUUCGGUUAGGUGAUUUCGAGAAGAGAUGAACGGCGGCGAUGGAGAGGUCGUGGCAGCGCCACCGCCGCUUGAGUGGAAAUUCUCGCAGGUCUUCGGCGAGCGCACCGCCGGCGAGGAAGUUCAGGAAGUUGAUAUCAUAUCAGCUAUUGAGUUCGACAAAUCUGGUGACCAUCUUGCUACUGGUGAUCGUGGGGGUAGAGUAGUGUUAUUCGAAAGGACUGAUGCAAAAGAGCAUGGUGGAAGCAGAAGGGAUUUGGAGAGGAUAGAUUAUCCAGUCAGUAGGCAUCCUGAAUUCCGCUACAAGACAGAAUUUCAAAGUCAUGAACCUGAGUUUGAUUAUCUGAAGAGCUUAGAGAUUGAGGAGAAAAUCAACAAAAUCAGAUGGUGCCAAACAGCAAAUGGGGCUCUUUUUCUUUUGUCUACAAAUGACAAGACCAUUAAAUUUUGGAAGGUUCAAGAGAAAAAGGUCAAAAAAAUAUCAGAGAUGAACACUGACCUUGUAAAAAGUAACGGGAAUGGCAGUAUUGCCAGCUCAAGUGUCUCUUCAAGCCCAAGUUUGUAUCGUUCGAAUGGAGGAUGCUCAGAUACAUCUUUAUCUUUUUCAAGCAAUGAUUUAUCAUUCCCACCAGGGGGGAUUUCAUCACUACAUUUACCUGUGGUAACCAGCAACGAGACCAGCCUCAUGGCACGAUGCAGAAGAGUAUAUGCCCAUGCACAUGACUAUCAUAUUAACUCGAUUUCGAAUAAUAGUGACGGGGAAACAUUUGUUUCAGCGGACGAUUUGCGGAUUAACUUAUGGAACCUAGAAAUAAGUAAUCAGAGUUUUAACAUUGUUGAUGUGAAACCCGCAAAUAUGGAGGAUCUAACUGAGGUGAUAACCUCAGCAGAGUUUCAUCCUACCCAUUGUAACACAUUGGCAUAUAGUAGUUCGAAAGGAUCAAUCCGACUUAUUGAUUUGCGACAAUCAGCUUUAUGCGACACACAUUCUAAACUAUUUGAGGAACAGGAAGCACCUGGUACAAGAUCUUUUUUCACUGAGAUUAUCGCCUCUAUUUCUGAUAUAAAAUUUGGGAAAGAUGGAAGAUAUAUAUUAAGUCGUGAUUAUAUGACUCUCAAGUUGUGGGAUAUCAAUAUGGAUUCUGGCCCAGUUUCAACCUUUCAGGUUCACGAGUAUUUAAGACCGAAGUUAUGUGAUUUGUAUGAAAAUGAUUCCAUCUUUGAUAAGUUUGAGUGUUGCUUGAGCGGAGAUGGUCAGCGGGUAGCAACUGGUUCUUAUAGUAAUUUGUUCCGGGUGUUUGGAUCUGUUGCUGGUAGUACUGAAGCGACCACAUUGGAAGCUAGCAAAAAUCCUAUGAGGCGACAAGUUCAGACACCUGCAAGGCCUGCUAGAUCCUUAAGCAGCAGUCUAACUCGUGUUGUUAGACGAGGGGCCGAAAGCCCAGGGAUUGAUGCCAAUGGUAAUUCAUUUGAUUUCACCACCAAGUUGCUCCAUCUGGCAUGGCAUCCAAGUGAAAACUCAAUUGCAUGUGCUGCUGCAAACAGUUUGUACAUGUAUUAUGCAUAGAUAUGGGUCUGGAUAGAAUGUUAUUCCCUUGGCUUGAUACUUUGGGUUUCUGAUGGAGGGCUUUCCCCAAACAUUUUGAUAAUUUCCCUUUCGCAUUCUAAUGCCUCGUAAAAUAUGUAGAAAAUGCCCUUUAUGCCGUUGAUCAGAUAUUAGGCUCUCUUUGAAAAUUGGGAAACAACUGGGCAGCAAUCAUCUCUACCCUUCAAAUCUCCUUCAUGCUUGGUGCUCUGGUGCCUAUUUAAUUUAUUUUAUCUUUACUUUGUGCUUGAGCACAGAUACAGUUGCCUUGUCAAUUUGGGUUGAAGUGAGGAAUUAGAAUGAAAUGUAGCUCUCCUACACCCAUAAACUGAGGAUGUAACGGUAUUGGCCAUGAUUUUUUGGGGGUGAACAUAUUUUGAGCAAUCUUUCGGGAAGAUCUGGCUGCUAACUUGCAGGGCAUCUAGUUUAUCAAGUUCCUCUAGUACUUUAAAAUUUCAUAGGAUCAGUGUAUUCCUGUUAUAGAAAUUUCGUUAUUUUUAAGAUUAUCAAAUUAUUUUAUUUAUCUUGUUAAAAGGGAAAUAAAUGAUUGAAGGCUCUUGUAUUCGAUUUGUAAUGUUAACUGUAGAAUGAAGAUGCUCCCACCAUGUUUCCUGUGUUUA